AUGCGUGGUCUAUCGACACCUGAGCUUAUGGAAGGGAAGAAUCUAUUCAACCCCUUUGAUCGGGCGAAUGAUCAGUAUGUACUCCCCUUAACACUAACCCAAUACAUCGGAUAUCUGGGUCCUCUGCCGCUUGAGAUGAUUCGCGAAAGCCCGCUCGUUGCAACCUAUGUCGAUGAAUAG